UAAAUUUAUUUGCAUGGUUGUGGACAUUUAUUUAUUCUUCCACCUUAUAUUUAUUAGCUCUCAACUUUAUGUGACUUUACUAACAUCAAUUUUUAUUGGAACGAUAGAUAUUUUCUUAAGUUUUACGGCUUCAAGUAGAUAUGGGUAUAUGGAUGCGAUAAAAAGAAACCUUAUGUGAGAAUUUAAAAGUACAACAUAGAUAUAGAUCUGACUAUAACAUAAAUUUCAGGUCGUUUACACUUUUUAACAUUAUUGUUUGGAUGGUUUCAAUAUUAAAAGUAACAUUGGAUAUGUGUAACAUAUUAACUUUUCAUGGUUUUCUUCGAAUAUUGUUAAUAAUAAUGAUUGUUAUUAGAGUUAGUGGAAAUAUUUGUCGAAUUGUGUUCGGAAUUCUUCCUAAUUUUGAGGAAUUUGUGCGAUAUAAAAUACGUGACAACUUAAUAUACCUCUAUAUUCUGGGACAGACUUAUAAUAGGGGAAAUGAUGAUGCAAUACAUUCUGUUGAAAAUUUUCUUGUUAAAGAUCCUAGAAUCGAAAGAUCACUAAUUAAACAUUUAAAUAGACAUAAGCAAGAAGUUAUGGAAAAACUGGCCUUAUUAAUCAAACAACAUCCUUGGGUUUUAGUAACAGUGAGAACUAAAUAUGUUAUGUAUAAGACGUUGCUAAACACAAAGAAAAAUAUUGAAGAAAUGAAGGAUACUGGAAGAAUCGAUGAAUCAGAGUAUUAUAAAUUAAUGCACUCGUAUGAAGAUCGAUUGCUGUUCUUAAAUAAAUUUCAGAAAAAAAUUUCUCCACAAACGGCAGAAGAAGUAUUUAGUAAGGUGUCUUGGUUAAAAAUUUUGGAUUCUAAUACCAAAAAUUAUUUAUUGAAAAAUGUUGAAAUUCAAUUCUAUCUACCGCUGGAUGUUAUAUACUCUGAAGGAGAUAAGCCCAUUGGAGUUUACAUUAUUGCUUUAGGUAAUGUUCGAGUUAUAUAUACUCCAAACUCAGAAUUAUUAGAAGCAUUAAAUGUGCAUGGAGAGUUACCGAUUGUAGAAUUAACAUCAAAUAUGAGUUUUGCAACAAAUUCUGAACAUCUUUUAAUGAAAGAUUUUUCUUUUGGGGAGAUGGGUGUUUUAACUGGACGACAUUAUAACUCAAAAGUAAUGGUGGAAACUCCGUGUAUGUGCUAUUUUUUACCUCUAGAUUGUUUUCAUACAAUUUUUGAGAACAAUCCGAGCCCUUAUAAUAAUCUGGAAGCUGCUAUGUGGAAACAUGCGGCAACUAUGAUUGCUUAUCAAUUACUGAUGGAGAGUCGAGCAUUUAACUCAACUAAAGAAGAAAUAUUGGAACUGGUUGAUAGAGCUUUUAUUCCCAAUUUAAAGGACUACAAAAUUUUUGUAGUUCAUAGUGAUAUAGAAGAACUUUUAUUAAUUGAAGGUAUAAUAUUAGAUAUCCGACGGAAUAAAAUGUAUGUCGCCCCUUGUUAUAUUCCUAGAAAUGUAGAAAAAAUCGCUUUAUCCAAAAGUCAUCUUUUGAGGCAUGUUUCUAAUAUUUUCACCAAAAUGAUGAUUAUACCUGCUAGAGAUAUAAAACAAGCAGAUCUUAUGAAAUCUGAAGAACGUAUUUCAGAAAUUUGGAGUAGAACUUCUGGAAGAUAUUUGUAUCAAAGUUUAACCAAUAUUAUUGAGUCGCCACAAGAAGAUAAAGACAUAAAUGAUUUAGAAGUACAAGUAAAAGAAGAUGUUGACGAAUACAAUUUGCCUGGUACCAAACGUACACCUUGGAAACUUAGAAAGAGUAAAUAUUAUAGAGAUAUGAGACUUUCCAAGAUUCAGGAAAGAUAUAAAUAUGAGGAAAAUUAGACAAACAUUCUUUUAUAAAGCUUGAAUAAAAGUGAAUAAAUUUUAA